AUGACCACCCCGGUGAAAGAACUCCCGCGGUUUGAAUUCGACGCUCCCACCAUACGCUCUUCUGACGAGGAGCAAACUGUGGUCGGGCAGCAUGAUCAUCAGAACGGCAAUGGUUCCGUCGAUAGUCACGCAUUAAAAGAGAGGCUGAACGUCGAGGCUCUGAAAGAAACCCCAACUCGUUAUGACGAUGAUGCCUUGCGCUCUCCCUCGCACGAUCGAGAGCAAGCAAAUCGUCUCGCAGAUGAAAUUGCCAUGCAAAAGGCCGAACGCCUGGUGACCUCUGUCUCCGAGAUAGACGGACGAAACUCCACUACCCUGCAACGCUCAAGAUCGAGAGCUCCCGAACCCAUCGACGACUUUGAUGCCGCCACAAACCCUCUGCACGAGCGGACUGCUGUAUACAAACCUCCGGAGAAUCCAACUACAAAAGUCGCCAAGUUCUUCAAGUACGUCCAUGAGUCAAGUUGGCUCCUUCGAUACUUCACAUACAUCGUCCCCGUCACCCUCAUACUCCUCACACCCGUCCUCAUCGGUGCCCUGACUGCCCCGGGGAAGAAUGCAAACGUUGGAAGUGUCGAAUUAUUAUGGUUCGGUGUCUGGCUGGAGAUUAUCUGGCUGACUCUAUGGGCGGGUCGGAUUUUGGCCAAAUGUGUUCCCUGGCCUCUGGGUCUUGUCUCCAGUCUGUUCACCAACAAUUCCAAGAAAUGGCGCGAUUUUGGCAAGCAACUUGAGGUUCCUUUGACCCUAUUCCUCUGGUUCCUGGCCAUCGAGGUUUCAUUCCUUCCUAUCAUGAGCAAUCGCCGCAUCAAUGGCCAAGUGGGUACCACUUCCUGGAUGAGAACCAUGAACAAAGUCAUAAUCGCCCUGUUUGUCGCAGCUUGUCUCAACCUGGGUGAAAAAAUUAUCAUUCAACUCAUUGCCAUAUCAUUUCACCUGCGCACUUAUGCCGACCGCAUCGAAUUAAACAAGUUCCAGAUUGGGAGCUUGACCAAGCUCUACAUCUUUUCAAAGGGCAAGAUUCAAAUGGCCGACCAUGAGUUCAGGGAGAAAACCAGCAACCCUCCUUCUGGCGCACGCACUCCAGCUGCAUAUGUCGGCAAGGCAACUCAAGCGGUCAACAAGGCUGUGGCCAAAGUUGGUGAUGUCGCUGGAGCCGUGGCCGGAGACUUUACUGGUCAAGAAGUUCAGAAGAGCGGUUCCCCUUCUCAGGUCAUUUUAGAGCUCCUCAGAUCGACAGCUGGAUCACAAGUACUGGCCAGAAGACUAUAUCGAACCUUUGCAUUAGAAGGCGAAACAACCGUGUCCUCCGAAGAACUCAAAGUGGCUUUCGACAACAACGAUGAAGCCGAGGCCGCCUUCAGCAUGUUCGACAAGGAUAUGAAUGGCGACAUUUCCAUGGAAGAGCUCGAAGCUGUCUGUGUCGAAAUUGGCCGCGAGAGAAAAUCCAUCACAGCAUCCUUGAAAGACUUGGAUUCCGUUGUCAGCAAACUGGACGAUGUCCUCUCGUUUGUCGUAUUCAUCAUCUUCGUCCUCGUCUUGAUCUCGCUGCUUUCCACCUCUGCCGCCGGCGUGUUGACAUCUGCCGGUUCUGCUGUCCUAGCCUUGUCCUGGCUCUUCUCCGCCACAGCACAAGAGUUCCUCCAAUCAGUUGUCUUUGUCUUCGUGAAGCAUCCUUUCGACGUUGGUGAUCGGGUGUCAAUUUAUGGAAAUACUGGAGCACAACUGAAAGGUGAUGAUUACUUUGUCAAAGAGAUCGCACUCCUCUACACUGAAUUCAAGAAGAUGGAAGGUCACAUUGUUCAGGCGCCUAACUCCUAUCUCAACACUCUCUUCAUUCUCAACAUGCGCAGAUCAGGGGGUUUGGCUGAAGCUGUGCCGAUCGUUAUUCGCUUCGGAACAACCAUUGACCAAAUUGAUGCCAUGAGAGGGUCGCUUCUUGAAUUCGUUCGGGACCAAAAGCGUGAGUAUCAGCCUAACAUUCUGACAGAACUACGAGAGGUGACGGAAGCAUACUCUUUGACUCUGAAUGUCGUCUUCUUUUACAAGACCAAUUGGCAGAACGAGUUGGUUCGUUUGACCAGACGUAAUAAAUUUAUCUCUGCGUUGAUGCUGGCGAUGCAACAACAUGGUAUUGAGGGCCCACGUCGCAACAAUGCAGGCUGGAGAGAUGACAUUCCUCUGCAUCUCAACUACCCACCUGGAGCGUCUCCAUCCCAAGACCCUCAAUUGACUGAUAACGGCAUUAAUGGUGCGCCUAUGGGAGAACAUGUUGGUACGUCUGGUGAUGUGCCCCCUCGAGCAGGUCCUUCGAUCCUUAGAAAGAAACCCAGCACUGGUCAAAUUGGCCGAGCUCGUGCAGAAUCCAUCACAUCCAUGGCAAAACGUGUCGACUUCUCCUUGGGUAUGAGGGAUGUUGAAGCCAUGGGCGACCCAUACGAGGAUAGAUCACCAUCACAAACACAAUUCCGCAACGUCAUCCGUGAGACCAACAGAAUCGAGGAAGAACGUCGUGAUAGUGAACAAGGACGAGAGUCGGCAGAAGUCGUUCGAGCAUCAGGCCGCUCAAACUCUAGAAGAGAUCGCUCUGGAUCCGUAUCCCAUCAAACCGGGGGUGGCUUCAUCCGCCGGUCGACCGAGCCAUUUGGGCAUCGUAAUAGCGUUAGCAGCGUUGGAACGCACCGGAACAGAUUCAUGGGCUGGUCGCGUGGUAAUCACAGUAUGGACCGAGCACGAGAUGUCGAGGAAGGCGAGCACCUCCAUCACCAUCAUGGUGCAAUCGAUCCUCGAACAGGGCAUGUGUCGAGCCAGGCGGUACGAAUGGAUUCAAUCACUUCAACGAUACCGGAAGUCCAGGGUGCCGCACUGGCCCCAGCGGCCUCACACAGCGAAGACUGGGAGUUGAGACGACUACAGGAUUCAGCAUCCUCCAUCAGAAAAGUGCAGUGA